AUGAGAGUUUACAGCUGUCAUUUCUGUUCUUCGCCGGUAUAUCCCGGUCACGGAAUCAUGUUUGUGAGAAACGACGCCAAGGAGUUCCGGUUUUGCAGGUCGAAGUGCCACAAGAACUUCAAACAACGCAGAAACCCCAGAAAACUGCGUUGGACCAAGGCGUUUAGAAAGGCUGCCGGUAAAGAGCUGGCAGUGGACAGCACGUUGGCGUUUGCACAGCGCAGAAACGUUCCUGUACGGUACAACAGAGAGCUGGUUGCUACGACUUUGAGGGCAAUGGCCAGAGUGGAGGAGAUCAGACAGAAGAGAGAACGUGCGUUCUACAAGAACCGUAUGCGUGGUAACAAGGAGCGCGAUUUCCUCAGAGACAAGAAGCUCGUGGAAUCGAACCCAGAACUGUUGAACAUCAGAGACGUGGAAUUGGCGCGUGCCGAGGCCAAGGCUGCCGAAGCAGAGGAAAGCGAGGAAAUGGACGUGGACAGCGACGAGGAAGAAGAAGAGGAAGACGAAGAAGAGGAAGAGGCCCAGAAACAAAAGGUUCUCCUCACCAACAAGCGCAAGAACAAGAAACUCGCUUUCUAA